GGGGCAUUACAUUGGUUCCACCAUCUCUCCAUUCCCCGCUUAGAUAGGAUCUUUCGCUGCGCUUUGUUUUAAAAACAAACCCCUCGAAGAAACAAACGAAACCCAGAAAAUAAAUUAAGGAAAAACACGCCCAGAAGAAAUCAAGAAUCUUCAUCUCGUCCAGGAAGAACAGCAGAGAUUGGGUGGGGUGAAAAUGGGGAAUGUGACGUCGACCGUGGCCGCAAAGUUCGCAUUUUUUCCACCUGACCCGUCGACGUACGACGUUUUCAGAGACGAGGACGGCCGGUUGUGCUUCAGCGGCGUGACGGCGGACAAAAACGUGGACGUGCAUUUGGUGGAAACCAAGGGCGGAAACAAGAUUGUGGCCACCUUCUGGAAGCACCCUUUCGCGAGGUUUACGGUUUUGUAUUCCCACGGCAAUGCUGCGGAUUUGGGGCAGAUGUCGGGUCUCUUCCUUGAGCUCAGAGCUCACCUCCGUGUUAAUAUAAUGAGCUAUGAUUAUUCGGGAUAUGGUGGAUCUACUGGUAAGCCAUCUGAGCUGAACACAUACUAUGACAUAGAAGCCGUGUACGAUUGCUUGAAGAGCGAGUAUGGAAUAAAGCAGGAGGAUGUUAUUCUAUACGGCCAAUCUGUUGGGAGUGGACCCACGUUACACUUAGCGUGUCGUUUACAGAGGCUGAGAGCUGUUGUCCUUCAUAGUGCCAUACUUUCUGGAAUACGUGUUCUGUAUCCUGUCAAGAUGACUUUCCGGUUUGACAUUUUUAAAAAUAUAGACAAAAUUCGGCAAGUCAACUGCCCAGUUUUGGUUAUCCAUCUUUGCAGGGAACAGCUGAUGACAUUGUUGACUUCUCCCAUGGAAAGCGCUUAUGGGAGCUCUCGGAAGAGAAAUACGAUCCGUUGUGGGUGGAGGGCGGAGGGCAUUGCAACUUGGAGACAUACCCGGAGUACAUCAGGCACUUGCGCAAAUUCAUAAAUGCAAUGGAGAAGCACUCCUUCACCAAACAAAGUAAACCACGCCUAUCUCAAGCCCCUAGUCUAACUGACUCCAAAAACAACAGAUGCUUAGGGUUUGGAAAAAGAUGACAGAAAGGAUAGAAAGUCACAGUUCUAUACACUUUAAAGGGUACAACCCUUCUUUGCAUCCAUUCUUGAGUUGCCAUUGAAGCUAGCUUCUUUGGGCUAUUUUCUAGAGAUCAGCAUUGAUCCGACUCUUUGCUCGUGUGAUGGUUAUUGUUUAAGGCGAGAAGAAAUGGCAUUUUAACUUGUGGAAACCUUCUGAUUAGGCUUUGAUCUAACUCAUUGAGAAGCUAGGAAUGGCUAGGGUUAUUUAUGUACAUACAGAUCUUGCAUCACUGACAGUUUCUGUCCAUAACUCAAUUGAAUUUCCCUUUUCUUGCUUGUAUAUAUGCACUGUUGUUUCUCACUUACCCCCCAUUUGGACACUAUUCAUUAGUCCAUCCAAUGUCCAUGAGUCCACUGUCUAAAUGUCUAUUGUAC